AUGGAUUCUGCUCGGUUAUUAGCCAUUCUUGAUGAUCCGAAUGUGUUUGCGGAGAAGGCGCCGCUACUACAACAAGACAUUGUCCUGGUGAUCAGGGCACAACAAAAGCAAAUUGAAGAGCUUACAGUGCAACAUCAAACCGCCUGCGAUGCCAACAUCGCUUUCAAACUGGCACUUUCCGAGAUUGGUACGGUGGUGAUUUCUGUUGCCAUGGGUGACUUGCUGAAGAAGGUUGAAAUCCACUCGGUAGAGCUGGACCCGGAAAUUCUCAAGGUCAAAAUUACCAUUAACACCAUGAUGGACCAGUUGCAAACAUUUGCCAAUGAAGUCACCAAAGUAGCCACUGAAGUCGCCAACGGAGAAUUGGGAGGCCAGGCCAAGAACGAGGGCUCAGUUGGAAUUUGGCGCUCCUUAACCGACAAUGUCAACAUCAUGGCUCUUAACUUAACCAACCAGGUUCGUGAAAUUGCCGAUGUUACUCGUGCGGUAGCUCAGGGUGACUUGUCUAGAAAGAUUAACGUGCAUGCCCAGGGUGAGAUUUUACAAUUGCAGAUGACUAUCAAUACCAUGGUGGAUCAGCUUCGAACUUUUGCGUUUGAAGUGUCCAAAGUGGCUAGGGAUGUCGGAGUUUUGGGAAUCUUGGGUGGUCAGGCCUUCAUUGAAAACGUCGAAGGUAUCUGGAAGGAACUCACGGAUAAUGUAAAUGCUAUGGCCUUGAAUUUGACUACCCAAGUGAGAAAUAUUGCUAAUGUUACCACUGCAGUUGCUCAAGGUGAUCUAUCCAAGAAAGUUACGGCUGACUGUAAGGGUGAGAUUCUAGACUUGAAGCUCACCAUUAACCAGAUGGUGGAUCGAUUGCAGACCUUUGCCUUAGAAGUGACUACCUUGUCGCGAGAAGUCGGAACUUACGGAAUUUUGGGUGGCCAGGCCAAUGUGCGAGACGUGGAAGGCGCUUGGAAGGCUGUCACAGAAAAUGUCAAUUUGAUGGCCACCAAUUUGACCAAUCAGGUGAGAUCCAUUGCUACAGUGACGACUGCGGUGGCCCACGGAGAUUUGUCCCAGAAGAUUGAUGUUCAUGCACAAGGAGAAAUUUUGCAAUUGAAGAAUACUAUCAACAAAAUGGUGGAUUCGUUGCAACUUUUCGCCUCGGAAGUGUCCAAGGUGGCUCGUGAUGUCGGUAUCAACGGUAAGUUGGGUAUCCAAGCUCAAGUGAGCGAUGUUGAUGGUUUAUGGAAGGAGAUUACAUCCAAUGUCAAUACAAUGGCCUCCAAUUUGACGUCGCAAGUGAGAGCUUUCGCACAGAUUACCGCCGCUGCCACUGACGGUGAUUUUACAAGAUUCAUUACAGUUGAAGCCAUGGGUGAAAUGGAUGCUUUGAAAACAAAGAUUAAUCAGAUGGUGUUCAAUUUGAGAGAAUCCAUUCAGAGAAAUACUGCUGCUAGAGAAGCUGCCGAGUUGGCAAACAGCGCAAAGUCAGAGUUUUUGGCUAACAUGUCUCAUGAGAUCAGAACGCCUUUGAACGGUAUUAUUGGUAUGACACAAUUGUCACUAGACACCGAAUUGACUCAAUACCAGAGAGAAAUGCUCAGCAUUGUGCAUAAUUUGGCUAAUUCAUUACUCACGAUUAUUGAUGACAUUCUUGAUAUUUCCAAGAUUGAAGCCAAUAGGAUGACUGUGGAACAAAUUGACUUUUCGUUGCGUGGUAAUGUGUUUGGUGCUUUGAAAACUUUGGCAGUUAAAGCUAUCGAGAAAAACUUAGAUUUGACAUACAGAUGUGACUCGUCCUUCCCAGACAACUUGAUUGGUGACUCGUUCAGAUUAAGACAAGUUAUUCUCAAUUUGGCAGGUAAUGCUAUCAAAUUUACCAAGAAGGGUAAAGUCAGUGUGAGCGUGCGGAAGUCUACUGCCAUUCCGGAUAACCCAGACAAAUUGUUGCUUGAGUUCUGUGUGAGCGAUACUGGUAUUGGUAUCGAGAAGGAUAAGUUGGGAUUGAUCUUCGAUACUUUCUGCCAAGCAGAUGGUUCUACCACGAGAAAGUUCGGUGGUACUGGUUUGGGUUUGUCUAUUUCCAAGCAAUUGAUUCACUUGAUGGGUGGUGAGAUCUGGGUCACCUCCGACUACGGAAGAGGCUCCAACUUUUCUUUCACAGUUAGUGUUUCUCCUUCGCAUGUUGUGUACUCCAGUCAUAGUGAGCAACUUCUUCAUUUCAGAAACCACCACAUAUUGUUUGUCUCCACAGAGCAUAGCGAUGAAGCUCUUGGAGAAAUCAGAGAUGGUCUCUCUGAGCUCGGUUUGAAGCCUGUGAUUGUCAGAGAUAUUCUUGAGGCUAACUUGUCCGAGCCUAUUAAGUAUGAUAUUAUCAUGAUCGAUUCCAUCAAGACAGCCAAGGACUUACGUUUGCUCUCAGAAGUCAAAUACAUCCCUCUUGUCUUAUUCCACCAUUCUCUUCCUGAAUUGAACAUGAGGGUUUGCAUUGACUUGGGCAUUUCCUCGUACGGAAACACUCCUUGCACCAUUUCUGACUUGGCCAGUGCGAUCAUUCCAGCGUUGGAAUCGAGAUCCAUCACCCAGAAUACUGACGAUUCUGUUUCAUACAAGAUUCUUCUUGCUGAAGACAAUUUGGUCAAUCAAAAGCUUGCGGUCAAGAUUCUUGAGAAGCAGGGCCACCAGGUUGAAGUUGUGGAGAAUGGUUUGGAGGCGUUCGAAGCUGUUCAAAGAAACAAGUAUGAUGUUGUUCUCAUGGAUGUUCAGAUGCCUGUUAUGGGUGGAUUUGAGGCUACGGAGAACAUUAGACAAUGGGAAAAGAAGACUAACCCAAUUGAUUCGCUAAGCUUCCGUACGCCUAUUAUUGCGUUGACUGCUCACGCGAUGUUGGGAGACCGUGAAAAGUCCCUUGCAAAAGGAAUGGAUGAUUAUGUGUCCAAGCCAUUGAAACCCAAGUUGUUGAUGCAGACCAUUGCAAAGUGUAUUCACAACAUUAAACAACUCAAAGAGUUAUCGAAACAGAAUAAUAGCAACAGAACUUCUGAUUUUGCAAAAAACUUGAAGAAAAUUAAGAUCUCCGAGCAUCCGGAGAAGGAUGAAACUAGCUCCAACGGAAGCGAGUCCGAUACUAAGAAUGGCGGCCGUCUCACUCCUCUCACAGAGAAGCUGGUCUUAAAAUCACGCAAUUCGGAAGAGCUUUUGACUUCUAAGUCUAGACCUGGAGCACUCACCAUUAAUAACAGAUCAUACACCGAGAGUUCACUCUCAAUGGUUGAUAAGGAAUAG